AUGUUUUUGAAGAAACAAUGCAUACCUUGUGAUGAUUAUGAAUUUGAUGUGCAAAUUGCAAUCGACAAUUCAAAUAGAAUUAAUUCUAUGCGUCUUCUUGGAUUGGCUUACCUUUAUAUUGUAUUCAAUUUUGUAUUUUUGACAAUGGUAUCGAAGCACAUUGAAAAUUCAAUACCGAUGAAAAUUUGGACUCCCUUCAAUAUGUAUUCGAAAUUUAAUUUUUGGAUGACUUAUUUUUAUGAAUCAAUGGUAACGAUAUUAAUGAUGCCCGUGGUUAUAAUAUGUGAACACAAUAUGAAUACGGCAAAAUUUUCAUUUACAAUAUUGCAAUAUUCUGGUGUUUGGCGUCCAAAAUCGUUAAUAUCGCAAUGGACAAUUUUAUUGUAUAAUUUCUAUAGUUUUUUAAUUGUUUUUCUAUUUCUCACACUUGAUGGUUCAGUGUUACUUUAUAUAAUUCUUGUUCCAACCGAUGUUGAGGAAUUGAUGAAAAAUGUUAUGUUCUUCGUGACAGUAUUUGGAUUGAAUUUAAAAGUUCUUUACGUUUUGUUACGUCGCAAUGAUAUUAUUGAAUUUGACGAUAUGUUUUUGAAGAAACAAUGCAUACCUUGUGAUGAUUAUGAAUUUGAUGUGCAGAUUGAAAUCGACAAUUCGAAUAGAAUUAAUUCUAUACGACUUCUUGGACUGUCUUACGUUUAUUUUGUAUUUAAUUUUGUAUUUUUGACAUUGGUAUCGAAGAAUAUUGAAAAUUCAAUGCCGAUGAAAAUUUGGACUCCGUACAAUAUGUAUUCGAAAUUUAAUUUUUGGAUGACUUAUUUACAUGAAUCAUCGGUAAUGAUAGUAAUGAUGCACGUUCAGAUUGCAUUGGAUGGUCUCGCCAUUGGAAUGAUGCAAAAAAUUUGCGGUCAAUUGGACAUUAUCAAGCACCGUUUAUAUCAAAUUAAUAAAUUAAAUGAUGAAAAUAAUAAUAUCGAUAGUCAAACACAAUUUAUUAUUCUCAAAAAAUGUUUGGCUCAUCAUUCCUACGUUUAUUUAAUCGGGAAAAAAAUGAACAAUCUUCUUGGUUGGAUGGUGAUUCUAAUAUUUCUGAUUACAAUAAUUGCAUUGUGUUCGGUUAUUUAUCAAAUAUCAUCAGCAAAUCCAAAUUCAGUGAAAUUUUGGUCCUCAGUUGCAUCCACAAAUACACUUCUAUUUGAAAUAUUUAUUUUCUGUUGGUUUGGUCAGAAACUGAUAGGAAAGAGUGCAGGCAUCGCAGACGCGGCCUACGAAAUAAAUUGGACAAAUUUAUCGAUAAAAUCGAAAAGAUUUCUAAUUCUCAUAAUAUUACGUUCGGCAAAGCCAAUAGAAUUGAGUGGUUUGUCAAUUGUUACAAUGUCACUGGAAACGUUUCUCAAGAUUUUAAAAGUGUCUUAUUCGAGCUUUAAUCUCAUUCAAAGCAUGUGAUGCUUUAUAGUUAAAAAAAUUUUGAGAGAGUUUUAGACAGAGGAGUAACUGCAGUUUUACAUAAUCGAUUUUUAAGAAAAGAAACUUUUAACAUUCCACCUUCUUUUCAAUAAAAACGGAAUAUUUUUUAAUCAAAAAAAUGUGAAUCGAAUGAAUAUUAAACCUUUUUUCACCGAUAAUUUUAAUAUCUGAA